CUUUUGACGUUUGUGGUCAAAUUCUAAGUCGAAGCUCGUAGGAUUUCCCUGCUUUGCUUACAUUGCGUUUUAUUUUAAUUGUUUAUUUCGUUUUCGUAAUUUCACUAUGAUGAGACGUGAUCAAGUACGCUAGCUAUGUUACGUAUUCGUCCAUUUAUUAACAAUUAAAAUGUGGGUGAAACCUCAAGAAGUAUUUCUGAAGACCCCAUUGUGGGACACUGACGAAACUACGUUGUAUUUCGUUCUCCAACGAAGGAAAGGACACGGAAAGUCGAAAGGUCUAUCGUCCUUACUGGUGGGAACGUUGGACAGCGUUCGUGACACGAAACCAGCGCCUUACAGGAUUUUGCACCAGACACCGAACUCUGAAAUAUACUAUGUAAUAGCAACAGCACUGACUGAGCAAGAGAUACGUCAGGACUGGCAGUGGUUGAUUGACAAUGUGAGUCCGACACUACACUCAUUUGACACUGAGGAGGAGAUCACAGAGUUUGUCUGCUGUAAGAUUAACUCUAUCAUUGCCACUGAGCAAGAAAAUUUAACUGAAGAUGAAGACACCAUCACAUAUAAAAAUGUUGAUUAUGAUUUUCGUCAGCGAUUUGCAAUGCCAAAAGAUGAGAAGUUGGUUUGCUAUUACUCAUGCAGUUAUUGGAAAGGCAAAAUGCCUCGUCAAGGUUGGAUGUACUUAUCAGUACAUUACAUGUGCUUCUAUUCUUACAUAUUUGGACGCAAAACAGCUAUUAAGAUUCGAUGGGCAGACGUCACAGAACUGGCGAAGACCAAUAGCCUCUUGUUCCCUGAUUCAAUCAGAGUUGUGACACGGGAUGGAGAACAUUACUUCACCAUGUUCCUGAGGAAGAAUGAGACAUUUGCUCUCAUGCAGCAGCUGGCAAAUAUUGCAAUGAAGGAGUUAAUCAACGACAAGUCGGGCACAUUCAAUAUCGACAAGGAUCUACUAACGAAACUCAGCAAGAAUGUACCAAAGAAGCCAUCUUUCCUCAAACGAGAUUUGGAUGCUAGGAAACAAUCGAACCUGUACACGCUCAGGUUUCGAUUGCCUCACACGGAGAAGUUGGACGGUUCGGAAGAAUGUACUCUAUGGACGCCGUAUAACAAGAAACACAAUUGGGGAAGACUGUACCUGUCACAAAAUUUCAUCUGUUUCGAUAGUCGGGUGUCGCAUCUAGUACGUCUAACGAUACCUCUCCGGAACGUGUAUCAAGUGGAGCGCGCUGAGACGGGCGGCACGGGCAGCACCGCAGACUCUGGCAGCAUCCUCAUAACGACGGCUCAUCACACCAGCUUCCUCUUCGGGAACAUAUCCGACCGGGACUUCCUCUGCUACAAGAUAUCGGAGCUGCUCGCUAAGUUACCAAAUGAUGUGUACAGGGAGAAGUCGACGAGGGCAGUGAACCGGCCCGAGGAGGGGGAGUGGACUCCCCAGCCGCCAUUGAUGACAUUGUUCAAAACUCACCAAACGGCAUCCAUCCGGCAGAUACAACAGAAGAAGGAAAAACAAUGGGAAGAUCACAUGGCCGAAGUAGGCCGCGGUGUGAGCAUGUAUAGAACGACUGAAGGCAGUGAACUUGUAGUCAACGGCAUCCCCGAAUGUCUCAGAGGCGAGCUUUGGGGGGUGUUCUCGGGGUCCAUACUACAGAAGGCUCAAAAUAAAGGCUUAUACGAGAAACUUGUGAACGACGCGUUGUCAUCUAAGAACCAGGCCAACGAUGAAAUCGAGAGAGAUCUCCAUCGAUCACUCCCCGAACACCCCGCUUUUCAAAAUGAUGUUGGCAUAUCAGCGUUGCGCCGAACACUUUGCGCGUACGCCCUGAAGAAUCCCACAAUCGGCUACUGUCAAGCGAUGAACAUAGUCGCUUCCGUCCUACUAAUAUACUGUCCAGAGGAACAGGCCUUUUGGUUGUUGGCGACUAUCUGUGAAACAUUGCUCCCGGAUUAUUAUAACACCAGGGUUGUUGGCGCUUUGGUAGAUCAGGGAGUGUUAGAUGAGCUCACAAAAGUUCAUCUGCCAGAACUGCAUGCCAAGUUGGACGAACUGGGCAUGAUGAAGAUGAUCUCCUUGUCUUGGUUCCUGACCCUCUUCAUCUGUGUGAUGCCUUACGAGUGUGCUGUGAACGUUAUGGACUGUUUCUUUUAUGAUGGCGCGAAGGUCAUAUUUCAGGUUACGCUGACAAUCCUGGACAUAAACCGCGAGCUGCUGCUCAACUGCGCGGAGGACGGGCAGGCGAUGCAGGUGCUCAACGACUACCUCGCCGGCAUCUACAACGACGAGGCGAUGGCUCUGUGCACCGAGCCCCGGACUGCGGCCCGGACGAUAAAAAUCCAAGAGCUAGUGUACCAGUCGUACCGGUCGUACGGUGCGGCGGUCAGCAGCGAGUGCAUCGAGCACCUGCGCCUCAAGCACCGGCUGCGCGUGGUGCGCCAGCUGGAGGACAGCUUGGAGAAGAACACGCUGCGAGCGCUGCUGCAGGAUAAACUGCUGGACGCCAACGAGCUCCAGGAGCUGCUAAGCAUAAUUCGCGAGGAGCUGUUCUGGGCCAAGCGCGUUCCGUGCGAACGCCUGGAGGCACCGUACGAGGCCUACCGACUUGACUACGGGCAGUUCAAGACUCUGUUCUCGGCGCUGUCGCCUUGGGCCAAGGGGGACUGCGCUGACGCCAUCACUACUAGGAUGUUUAAGUUGAUGGACCACGACGACGACGGUCUGGUGAGCGCGCGCGGGCUGAGUGUGGCGGUGGGGCUGAGCACGCGCGCGGACGCGCAGCGCCGGCUGCGGGCGCUGUACUGCGCGCACGCGCCGCCGCUGCUGUCGCCGCUGGAGCUGCGCCCCACGCACUUCACCGACACCGGCGAGGAGCUGGCCACUGACGCCAUCUGCUUCUUUGAUAGUAUAGAAAACCCGUCCACUCCCGAGCCAAUACUGCAGCGGUCCAUCAGUGAAGUGUGCGGGGACGGACAGAUGGACAAAUCCACCGACAGCGCUUACAGCCAGUGUGAGUCGUGGCAGCCGGCGGACUGCGUGCGAGCGUGCGCAUUGGCAGGGCUGCCGUCGCCGGCCGCCUCCACGCCGGGGACCCCGCCCCCGCCCCGCGCCGCGCCGCCGCUCCCGCGCGCGCAUUUCCUUCAGCUUCUGGCUGCGCUGCACGACCUCACGCAGCACUCCACGCCGCUGUACGAGGCCGUCGCCAGAGCAGGCACUUUACUCCUACAGCUGGGUGAGCUGAACCACAGGCCUGCCCUGGACCGGGAGAUCUCCCAGGACAGCCUGUUCUUGGCUGCGGCGGCGCAACCUGCCCCUGAGGUGGAUCCAAACGGCAACCCAACCGAAGUUGAUCUACAGAAGCCGCCACGAUCUCCUUCAAAGGAGAGCGAACAAGACGAAGGAGUUUGGUCAAUAACCCUCGAACAGUUCCUAGCGACCAUGCUCACGGAGUCGCUGCUUGAGGAUUACUUCAACAAGCAAGUACCAAUCAUGCCCAUGUUAGAAGCGUUGAGACAGAGGGACCGACUGCAAUCUGUUUCAUAGUUAUAAUAUUUUUUUAUAUAUAGAAAUAAGCGAUUUGUGAUGUCACUUAAUCAAAAAGGGAUUACGUGACAUAGGAAUAACUUGAAAGAGACCUUUUUUGGUAGUUUUAUAAAUGGUUACUAUGUCAAAACAUCCAUUUUCUAAGGUUGUUACAAGAAAUACGGAAACCAUGUGCGUUCAAGUAAAACAAGGGCAUAGUCGUCCAAAACUUUUAAAAGACAGGUACACUCAAAAAAGGUUACAAUUUUGCAAUGUUACCUUUUUAAUUUUUAUGAAUAACUAACAAGAUAGAGAAACUAGACAUCAACGAUUUCCGUCUUAUAUAUAGGUAAAUCAUUGUUGACGAUUGUUAGCAUUUGGCAUUACUACCAGCUUUAAUUCCAGAUGUCAUCUGCUAACUCUCAUUCGCACGAGAGCUUUUUAACGGACGUUAAAAAAGCGUUUCAAAUACAACAAAUGCAUUCCCAAGUAUAUAUUCACACGACAGCGUUUUCAAAACAGAACGCUUUUUUCGAGCAGUGUUGCAUUUUCAAUUUUGGGCGUUGGAAAUAGACCUUCAUUUAAGUUCAUACUAUCAUACUAUACGCUACGCCCGCCAACGCUAGGUUUGGACGCAUCGUUUUUUUUAGAGUUUUUUUAACGGACGUUAAAAAAGCGUUCAAAUAUAGUAGGAAGUUAAAUGAAGGACUAUUUCAACCAAAAGCGUCGUGUUGUGAACAUAACUUAGGAAUGCAUUUGUUGUAUUUGAACGUUUUUUUAACGCGUGUUAAAAAAGCUCUCGUGCGAAUGAGUGCUUAGAUUUUCGUGCAACGUCACGUCUUUUGCUUCAUAGACUACACAUGCAAUGUGUAGAUACGUGUGUUCAGAGGGCCUAGUGGCAGUAUGAUACUGUUACUGUCACGUAACGUAAACGCGAAUUUCUAAGGAAUUGAAACAGCACCAUCUAGUGACACUACUGCACAACUGUUUUAAUUCCAUAUAAAUUUGCGUAAACGUCAACGUGAUAGUAACAGUAUGAAAAUAUUGAAAACUCCCACUAGGCACACAGGUGACAGUUGAAAAUUAUUUACUUAAAAAUGAAUAGAUGCCUUUGUAAUUAUAAUAAUUAAAAUUAAUCGCAUUUAGACUAUUAUUGUACUAUUAUUAUAUAAGAAUGGUAUGUACUGCAUGAAAUAAACAAUAAAUGCAUUAUUUAUUUUUUAUAUCGCAUAAUAUGUAGGGAAACCGGUUAAAAUUAUGAGAAUGUAUAGAGAUUGUUGAUAGAAAUAUAAUAUAUUGCAUUGAUAUUACAUUAUGAGCUUGCAAGAGAAAAUAAUAAGUAAUUGAAAAGUGUACUAUUCAAAAUGUAGGCCAAGUUUUGGAUAAUUUCCUAAUAAUAUUAAUACCUCAUAAUAAUUAUAAUAAUAACACAAUAAAGAACAGUAGAGUUUUUGUAUGUUUAAGUAAUAUAAUUAACGAAAAUUAAGAGGAAGCGAAAAAACAUUAGCAGAACAUAAAAAGGAAAAAAAAUUUUUUUUUAAAUAGUAUGUUUUUCAGAACUAAAUUUAAUAAAAAAACAAAUUCAACACAAAGUCGCAAGUGUCCAUUAUCAUUCUAAAUAUUGCCUUCUUGAUCUACUUUUUUCUUAAUUAUAAAACUGUUUCAAUAAAUAAAUAUAGCGAACCUGGUCAAGCUUCGCUUUGAUUUAUAUGCUCUUCUUCCCUAGCCCUACCCUACCCCUACCCUACGAACUUAAAGUUCAAGCAACUUGAGCUCAUAACUGUGACGUUUAUUUAUAUGGUGAUUGGUGAGGAAUUUAACACUGCACACAACUCGCACAUAUUCUUGAGUUGAGUAAUGUUUAUAAAGCGGGCCAUAGACGCUCAAGUCUAAGUUGUUAUAUAUUAAUGUCAUAGAAUGGACACAUAUUAAAUAAAUAAUUUGUAUCAAACAUUUGGAACCCUAAACAAAGUCUGGACACUACCUUUGCUGAACUGAACUGAAUAACAUUCCAAAAUUAUAUAUUUUUUUUUAUUUUAUGGACUUGUAAAUUUAUUUUGUUAUGUGUUAUGUCAACGAAAUGUUAACACGUUCACUGCGGUACGAGGUCAAUUAAUCUCGUACCACACCACAGUUUUAGUGCGAGGUCAAAAAACCCCGUAUUGUACGGUACGAGGUCAAUUAACCUCGUAACACACCACAACAAGUUUUAGUGCGAGGUCAAAAAACCUCGUAUUGUAUUGGUAAAGUACUGAAAAAUCAGUGAUGCAGCGAACGUGUUAAUAGUGAAUAUAACUUUAAAGAUUAUAAUAUAAACCUACUAUAAGAAACAUUCUCUUCAUUAUAAUAAUUAUAGAGUGAGCAUUAUUUUUGAGUAAGCUAUAUAUCAAAUACUGAAAUAAUUUUUAUCUAACAUAGUAUUCUUAUAGCCAUAUUAGUGUAAGAUGAAGUUAUGCUUAAUUAUUAAUAAUUAAAACUAACCAAAUGAAUAUUUCUUAAUUUUAAUUUGCACUCUAUUAUGUGUAAACCGAAUAAUUGAGAAGAUAAUAAUUUUAUCAAAAACAUCACCAAACGUUUUGUAUACAGUCAGUCCAUAAUUCGUAAUAUUAUUAAAACCCCUGCUUGCCUAGUUUGUUUGAUUGAUCUAAUUUAAGAAACUGUGAUUUUCACAAAUGUGAUGAAUAUGUUCUAUAUGAAAAUCAAUAUUUUAUUUAUAAACAAUUUGAAAACAUAAUAAUCGAAAAUUUUCUAAAAGCUCUUUUAGAAAAUAUUUUCAUUAUAAAACUAGCAUAUAGGUACAACUUUGCGUCGUUACGAUGCAUAUUCAAGACGAAUUUUCAGAGAAAUGAAAAAUUCUUGAUAAUUUUUUUUUAAAUGAUAAAGAUAAUUUCAUGCAGAAUAUAAUACUGUUCUAGCGUCAUUGAGGAGAUAUCGUUCGGUGGUAUCCUUGACAAUGUACCGAUUUGCGAGAGAAUAAAAAUGUUAAGAUAAAAAGUAUAAAGAGUACAAAAAAAAGUUUAAAUCAUUUUUAUAUCGCUGCAAAAAAAAAAACUAGUGAUGUAGAAAAAAUAAUCAAACUUAAUCAAAAUUUUUAGAUUCUUGUGAACAACCGAAUAUUCUGACUGCCUGAUAAAUACAUACCAAGUUUUUAACAAUCCAUACUGUAAAUAACAUAAUCAUGUAAUAUAUUAUUUUGUGAAUAAUAUAUUAUAUCGCAAAAUUUGGUGCUUGGCUGUUAAAUUUAGGCUUCAAAGUCAUGGAUGUACCAAAAAUUGUAUAAAAGCUUUAUAUUUUGAUAACUACAAUAGAUACAAAUUGUGUAAAAUGCUAAUUUCAUAUGCGUAAGUUCCAUAAAAAAAUGAUUUGUGGGCAAUAUUUAUAACAAAAAUAGGUAUCUAAGACACCUGCAGGCCUAGCAAUAGCAUGCAUAAAUGAUACAUCUCAUGAAGAGAAAAAGAUAUAUUGUUGACCAAUAGCGGCGGAAUCGAAAAUAUCGAUCUUUUUUGUUUUUUUCUCUUCAAGAGAUAUCUCAAAGCGUGUGUCUUGGACCUACCCACUGACAGUUUCGACUGUUGUCAAAGGCCGGUCAUUUUUGUAUAUCAGUUUAGUAAAUUGCGAUGACUUGCUGACGACUUUAGGUAGAGAUUACUUAUUAUACAUAUACCUAUCAUAAAGUAUGCGUCAUCAUACAAGGUAAAGUCGUAAAUAAUUAUUGUUAUCGCCUAUAUUUACGGGUCCAUUUAAAUUUAACCAAAAUUGGAUUCUAUUUAAUAUUCUAAAUCGUAAAAAAAGCAAUAAACACGUAGGUACUUAAGGAUUGUAUAAUGCGAGGACACCCACGAUCCGAUAUACCUACCCACAUGAAGUUCGGUAAAACUGAUAGUGUGUUGAUCGCGUUUUUUGCUUCAAGUGGAACUGGCAUGCACAUCGCGACCAAAGGCGGAUUUUUUGUCUGACGUGUCGUGUCGUGACGCAUCAGAACAGAAUCGAUAUCACACAUUUUGUAUGGCAACGUUUACACUUGUGCUGUGAUGUCUUAAUGGCUUAAUGAUGUGUCGCAUACAAAAUGUAUGAAACCGAUUCUGUUUUGAUUCACGACACGACACGACAAAUAUAAUUGCGCCUCAACAAGGAUAUGUUUUACUGGACGUCAUGCCGGCAGCGCUUCAGGCAUGUGGGUAUAUCGGACCGUAGGUGGCUAGCAUAUUUCGACCUGCAUAUUUAUUUGGCAGGUCAAAUGAUUUUUGCAGGUAAAUUUGAAUAUUUAUUAACUAUAUUUUGGCGUAUUAAUAUAACUGUCGCACAUUUUUUUUUUUAGUCAAAUGUAAUGUGAAGGCUUAUUCCCUUAAUUGCACUCUUUUGCUCUAAGUUGUUUUACAGUAAGAAUUCUGAAAUAGUGAAAUUAUUGUGGUGUAAGCAAUAAAGAAAACAUUAGGGCGCGUAUAGACUGACAAGCUUGCUGAUAGUAUACCUAAGUGUUUAUGUGUGGAAAGUUUUGACGGCCUCCGUGGCGCAGUGGUAUGCGCGGUGGAUAUACAAGACGGAGGUCCUGGGUUCGAUCCCCGGCUGGGCAGAUUGAGAUUUUCUUAAUUUGUCCAGGUCUGGCUGGUGGGAGGCUUCGGCCGUGGCUAGUUACCACCCUACCGGCAAAGACGUACCGCCAAGCGAUUUAGCGUUCCGGUACGAUGCCGUGUAGAAAGCGAAAGGGGUGUGGAUUUUCAUCCUCCUCCUAACAAGUUAGCCCGCUUCCAUCUUAGACUGCAUCAUCACUUACCAUCAGGUGAGAUUGUAGUCAAGGGCUAACUUGUAAAGAAUAAAAAAAAAAAAAAAAAAGUUAGAUUAAUGCCAUACAUGAUAUAUUAAUACAUUUCAGACAAUCCUGUGAGUCUGUAAACGUGUAUAUUAUGUACUUUAAUAAAAACACAUUUUGUUCAAUGUUAAA